AUGGCCCAGUAUGCUGUAACCGAACUGCUGGAAACGGAGAGGGAGUAUUGCAAGGCGAUCAAACCCCUAGCGGAUUUGCUCAAUCGCUUACAGAUGGAACUUGUUAUUCCUUCAGAUGGUGGACCUGAGUCCACUGUCCAACUACCAAACGCAGUUUGUAACAGUAUCCAAGGGCUUCGGACAAGUUUGCGGGAUAUGAUGAGCUUCAGUGAGAGAAUACUUUUAGACCAGCUAACCAAUUGUCUUGUGAAUCCCCAACAAACAGCCGAAUGCUUCACCAAACAUUUUGAAGCCUUAUCCCACUACACACAUUAUUUGAUUCAUCUGGAAAAUAUGAUCAAAGGAAUUCAAGCACUUCCGGGUUUUGAAACAGAUGGUCAGUUUCCCUUGACUCCACCUGUAUCGUCCAAUGGGGAUUUCGUUGGUGCGGAUGCGACAGCAAAUGAAUCAAACAUUUUAUGGAGUCAACGAACCAGUAUCUCAUUCCGUUAUUUGCUUGAGCUGGCCGAUUUGCCACGUAUUCGACUGGUCGCAUAUCGUGGACUGCUCAGGGAUUUGGCUCGCUACACAGCACGUGCGGAAUCGGACACACAAGACUUGGAGCAGGCAAUGAUUUGCGUCUCUCAACUGUCCAGGCGGGCUGAAGAAGGUGUGAAGUUGUGGCAACUAAUCGACUCGACGGGCGGACCACACGACCGAUUCAAAGAGCUGUUUUAUAACGCCCAAACGGAUACAAUUCUACCUCCUGCAUUGAUUCGCUUAACCGAUCUAAAGAUCAAUGAGCGUCAAGGCAUCAAGGUGGACACGGUCAACGAUCAGACUGGUCGUUUGGUUUUACUUCCUGGACACCUUCUGUUUCUUCAAAAGUCCUCUCCCGAUGAAAAAUCCGCUGGAUGGAAAAUUUGCUGGAUGCAUCCGGUGGGUUAA